AUGCCGGGCCGGGCUCCCAAACAUGCCACACAGAUGGGGAGGACAGGGGGCUCCUCCAGUCCUGUGAUCCCAAAAGAAAACGCUCCACUGAAGUCCACAACACCGACCAAAUUCUCGGAGGAAGGAGAUGACGUUUUGGGCGAUUACGCGGUGGGGGAGUCCGUCUGGGUCAACGGCGUCAAAUCUGGGACCAUCGCGUACCUGGGAGAGACGCAGUUUGCCCCGGGACAGUGGGCGGGGGUCGUGCUCAGCGAUCCCGUCGGCAAGAACGACGGCUCUGUCGGCGGCGUGCGGUACUUCGAGUGUCAGGCUCUGCAGGGCAUCUUCACCCGGCCGUCCAAGCUGACCCGCCAACCUGCAGCGGAGGACUCCGAGAGCACGGACGGGACCGCAGGCCACGCCCCCUCCACUCGGGUCGUGCCGCUCAGAGAAGGCCUCCUCAACAGCGCGGUGAAGCCGGGCAACGAGUCCGGGUCCAACAUGUCCGACAGCGGCUCCACCAAGAGGGCGGGCGAGAAGGACCUCCGGGUCGGGGAUCGGGUUCUGGUGGGAGGUUCUAAAAUGGGAGUGAUCCGUUACAUGGGGGAGACGGACUUUGCUAAAGGAGAGUGGUGCGGAGUCGAGCUGGACGAACCUCUGGGCAAGAACGACGGAGCUGUGGCGGGGACACGAUAUUUCCAAUGCCUUCAAAAGUUUGGCUUGUUCGCUCCGAUCCAUAAAGUGAUCCGUAUCGGGUUCCCGUCCACGAGUCCGGCCAAAGUGAAGAAGAGCAAGCGGAUGGCGAUGGGCGUGUCCUCUCUGGCCCACAGCCCCAGCAGCUCCUCCAUCAGCUCCGUCAGUUCCGUGGCCUCCUCUGUGGGGGGCCGUCCCAGCAGAGCCGGACUGCUCACAGAGACCUCGUCCCGUUACGCUCGGAAGAUCUCUGGGACCACGGCGCUGCAGGAGGCUCUGAAGGAGAAGCAGCAGCACAUCGAGCAGCUCCUGGCAGAGAGGGACCUGGAGAGAGCCGAGGUCGCCAAGGCAACCAGCCACAUCUGUGAAGUGGAGAAGGAACUGGCCUCUCUCAAAGCCACCCACAUGCAGUACGUAACGGGGAAUGAAGAAACUCUUCAGCAAAUCCAGUCUCUCCUGUCGAGCACUCAGAAGGACAAACUGGAACUGAUCAACCAGCUGGAAGAAGAGAAAAGGAAGGUGGAGGACCUGCAGUUCCGGGUGGAGGAAGAGUGCAUCUUUAAAGGAGACCUGGAGCAAACCACAGUGGAGGAGCAGAGCCGCAUCAAGCUGCUGGAGAAGGAGCUGCGAGUGAAGAAGGCGGAGAUGGAGGCGCUCCAGGCUCAGCUCCGGAUCCACCGCUCUGCCUCAGACCACAGCGAGCAGGAGGAGCAGCGCACCGGCUCUCCUCCGGGAGGCGCACACGAGCUGGAAGGCCUCCGCGCUCAGGUCUGCAGACAGAACCAGGAGAUCAGCGACCUCCGGCAGAAGGUGCAGCAGGCCAACAAGGAGAACCGGGACAUCGUGGACACAUGGAAGGCCAAGUUCGACGUGUUGGUGGUAGAGCACCAGGCGUCUCUGGAGGAGCUGAAGGCGUCUGUGAAGAGCCAGCAGAGCGCUCCUUCAGGGGCAGAGAAAGACUCGCAGGAGGGGCUGAGGAUGGAGCACCAGCUGGAGAUGGAGAACCUGAAGGCCAAGCAUAAAAUAGAAGCUGCCAUUCUGAGCAAGGAGCGAGAAGACCUGUGCUCACGGCUGCAGGAGGCGCAGAGGCAGCUGGACCAUCGACUGACCGAGGGACCAGCAGAGGACCACAGCGGACAUACUGCAACACACUACAGCGGAGCCCUGCAGCAGGCGCUGAGUGAGACCCGGGAGGCGCUGCAGGAGGCAGAGCGGCGGCUGGAGGACAGAGACUGCGCUGAGACCGAGCUGAAGAAGAGUCUGGAGCAGAAGAGUGCGGAGUGUGAGGCUCUGCAGACGGCCCACAGCCUCAGCCUCAGCACCGUCCUCUCCCUGGAGCAGCAGCUCAGGGACCAGCAGGAGAGCCAGGUCCUGCCUGAAGACUACAACCAGAGCAGAGACACCAUCCACAGACUGGAGGACGAGCUGAGAGUCACCACCAACCAGCUCCAGGCGCUGCAGCAGGAGCAGCAGGAGCAGCAGGAGCAGCAGGGGCAGCAGGGGCAGCAGGGGCAGCAGGGGCAGCAGGGGACACAGGCUGAUAUCGUCACACUCUCCCUGUGUCUGCAGAUGAUAGAAGACCAUCAGACAUCGGACGAAAAGACGAAUCUGAAGCAGAAUCUUCAAGAAACCACCGAGAAACUGCUGAAAAGAGAGAAGGAGAUGUCGGCUCUGACCUCACAAGUGGACGCCCUGAAGUCCCAAGUCUCUGCCUUAGAAGCGAAGGUCAGUUUGGGGGAGAAGAAAGCUGAGCUGCUGCUGAAGGAGAGAACACGCAUCGAGGCGGAGCUGGACUCCAUGACCAAGAAAUCCCAUGAUGCAUCUGGGCAGCUGGUCAGCAUCAGUCAGGAACUGCUAAAGAAAGAAAGAAGUCUGAAUGAGCUGCGAGUGCUGCUGCUGGAGUCGCACCGUCCGCCCAGAGAGGAGCGGGACGUGUGCAAAGCAGAGUGGAAGGUCAAGGAGCAGAAACUUCAGGACGACAUCAAAAGUCUGCGCGAAAAACUGCUCCUGCUGGACCAGCAGCGCUCCUCUCCGGACCAUCGUAGAUAUUCCAUGUUGGAGCCGUCGGUCCUGGACUCGGAGCUGAGCCGAAUGAAGCAGAGACUCCUGAGCACAGAGGACGCUCUACGGAACGCUCUGGAACACAACCAGAGCGUGGACAUGCUGGUGCAGGCCAUGCGCCGCAACCCACACACACCACAGGAGGCUCAUUCUGCAAAUGGGAUCCACUGUGGAGCCAACGGAAGCAAAGACGAGCACCUUUGA